AUGACGUGGCAAGCUGACGUGGAAAAAAAGGCCACGUCAGCUUGCCAACAAAACCCUCUUCUGCCUCCACUUCUGCUGGCCUUGCUCUCCACCCUCCGCCGAGUCGAGACCCUCUGCCAGCACUGCUCCGACGCUUCUUUCAGUCGCGGGAAGCUGUUGAUGCAAUCCGACCUUGAUAUGGCUGCCGGUUGGUUGUCGAAGCAGAUUAACGAUCUCGAGCUCUUACUUCGCUCCGGCGUUCUCCACCAGUCCACCGCCAUUGUUCUCUCUCGCCCCAAUCCGAGUUCCUCGAAAGAGGAACUAACGUUUUUCAUCAAAGACCUCUUCACUAGGCUCCAGAUCGGUGGGCUGGAGUUCAAGCGGAAGGGCUUGGAGUCGUUAAUUCAGCUUCUAUCGGAUGACGAUAAGUCUGCCGCUCUUGUCGCGAAAGAAGGGAAUGUGGGCUGCUUGAUUUCUCUGCUCGAUCUAAAUGCUCAUGAUUCCCUCAGAGAACUGGCGGUUCACGCAGUUUCCUUGCUCGUUUCCUCCGGCGAUUUGCCGCGGAAAAUUGUUUUUGAGGAGGGGGCUCUUGGCCCCUUGUUGAGAAUUAUCGACUACAGCUCAGCACCGAUAAAGGAAAAGGCCUCCAUAGCUGUGGAGUCCAUCACUGCUGAUCCCGAUAAAGGAAAAGGCCUCCAUAGCUGUGGAGUCCAUCACUGCUGA